AUAGGAGUGAGCAAGGGGUGGGAAUUGAUAUUGAGGCAACGCCGUAGGACUGGUUCGUUCCCUUUCUAACUCGGCUGUAGAGCGAGCCGGCGUCGUUUGUCUCGGAGCCAGGCUAGGCCUCGCCUGUUCACUACCACCAUCAUGUCUAAGUCCGAGUCCCCCAAAGAGCCUGAACAACUUCGCAAGCUGUUUAUUGGUGGCCUAAGUUUUGAAACAACAGAUGAAAGCCUUCGUAAUCACUUUGAACAAUGGGGUGCGCUUACAGAUUGUGUGGUAAUGAGAGAUCCCAACACAAAGCGCUCCAGAGGUUUUGGAUUUGUCACUUACUCCACUGUAGAAGAGGUUGAUGCUGCCAUGAAUGCCAGGCCACACAAAGUAGAUGGUAGAGUGGUUGAGCCAAAGCGGGCUGUAUCCAGAGAGGAUUCUCAAAGACCUGGAGCUCACUUAACAGUGAAAAAAAUAUUUGUGGGAGGGAUUAAAGAAGAUACAGAAGAACACCACUUGAGGGACUACUUUGAACAGUAUGGAAAAAUUGAAGUGAUUGAAAUAAUGACCGACCGUGGAAGCGGCAAAAAGAGGGGAUUUGCUUUCGUUACUUUUGAUGACCAUGACUCUGUGGACAAGAUAGUCAUUCAGAAAUACCACACUGUAAAUGGGCACAACUGUGAAGUCAGAAAAGCUUUGUCAAAGCAGGAAAUGGCCAGUGCAUCAUCCAGCCAAAGAGGUCGUAGUAGCUCUGGCAGUUUUGGUGGUGGCCGAGGAGGUGGAUUUGGCAGCAGUGACAACUUCAGCCGAAGCAGCAACUUUGGUAGCCGUGGUGGUUUUGGUAGUCGCAGUGGAGGUGGCUAUGGAAGCAGCGGAGAUGGCUAUAAUGGCUUUGGCAAUGAUGAGAUUGCCAGUGGAUCCGAGAACAUGUCUGACCUUCCUACAGGUUAUGGUAGCAGUGGCCCUGGAUAUUCUGGAGGAAGCAGGGGUUAUGGCAGUAGUGGCAGCUAUGAUGGCUACAACAAUGGAGGAGGUGGUGGCGGCGGCGGCUUUGGCAGUAGCAGUGGUGGAAGCAACUUUGGAGGAGGUGGAAGCUACAAUGAUUUUGGUAGCUACAACAACCAAUCUUCAAACUUUGGACCCAUGAAAGGUGGGAACUUUGGUGGAGGCAGGAGCUCAGGCCCAUAUGGCGGAAGUGGGGGUGGCUAUGGUGGAUCUGGCAGUGGCAGUAGCUAUGGUGGUGGAAGGCGAUUUUAAUUCCUCGGAAACAAAGCUUAGCAGGAGAGGAGAGCCAGGGAAGCUACAGGUUACCACAGUUGUGAACUCAGCCAAACACAGUUGUGGCAGGGUAGAGCUGCCUCAUGAAGACAUGUGUUAGCCAGACGCUUGUUGGCAAACAUCAGGACUGUACUUGUGACUAACUGUAUAACAGGAUAUUUUAGUUUUUGUGUUCUGUGGGAAGUGCAAAGCAUUCCAACAAGGGUUUUUAUGUAGAUUGAUUUUUUUCCACACCCAUGCUGUUGAUUGCUAACUGUAAUAGACUGAUCAUGACGCUGAAUAAAUGUGUCUCUUUUUUAAAA